AUGCGUCGACUCACUAUCGUCGGAGGACUUCUCGCCGUCCUCACCCCCACCGCAUUCGCCCUUUCAAACUACAUCUCCCUCGAAGCCUGUCUCAAAGCCUCCUCAGUUCCCUUCGACAAGCCCAACAGCUGUGCCUGGAACCUCGAUGUCGCGCCCUUCAACGAACGUCUUCCUUACACGCCCGUCGCCAUCGCCGUCCCCCGCACCAUCGCGCACAUAGAGGGAGCAGUAAAAUGCGCUUCCGAGUUCGGCGUAAAAGUGAGCGCUAAAUGCGGCGGGCAUAGCUAUGCGUCCCUGGGACUCGGGGGUGAGGAUGGACACUUGGUUGUGGAGAUGGAUCGGAUGCAUGAGGUGAGGCUGUCUGAGGAUGGGGAGACGGCGGUGAUUCAGGGUGGUGCGAGGUUGGGUCACGUUGCGACCGAGUUGUGGGAGAAGGGGAGGAGGGCCAUCUCCCAUGGAACAUGUCCCGGGGUCGGUAUUAGCGGGCACGCUCUCCAUGGAGGCUUCGGCAUGAGCUCCUACACCCACGGCCUCGCGCUCGACUGGAUCAUCAGCGCCACCGUGGUUCUAGCCAACGGUACGACCGUACGCGCUUCAGAAGACGAGAAUCCCGAUUUAUUUUGGGCUCUCCGAGGAGCCGGCGGGUCCAUGGGCAUCGUGGCCGAGUACGAGUUCGCCACGUUCGAGCCGAGCGAGGAAUAUACCCACUUCGAAGUGACGUUGGACUGGCCCGAUGCCGAGAGCAUUAUCGGUGGGUGGCUCGAACUGCAGGCAUGGGGCGAGGAGGAGAUGCCGAGGGAGAUGAAUAUGAGGGUUAGUGUUGAUACGAGGGGUGUGAGGCUGGAUGGUUUGUAUCACGGUGGGCAGGCUGACAUGGAGGCUGUUGUGUUGCCUCUGCUCGAGAGGUUGGGCGGCGGUGAGAUUGCGUUGAAUGUGACUUACGAUUGGGUCGGGCAGUUGGAGCAGUAUGCUUUUGCGGAGGAUCUUAACCUUACGCAUCCAUAUAACCAGCAUGAAACAUUCUAUGCCAAAUCCCUCUUCACACACGCCCUCCCACCUGAAGCCAUCGCCUCCUUCAUGAGCUACACCCUAACCAACGCAACCGCCGCCCUCCGCCAAACGCCCUCCCCAGCCCUUGACUCCGACUCCGACUCUCCUUCUCCAGUCCCGCUCCGCUACUGGUGGAUCCUAAUCGACAUCCACGGCGGUGCAAACUCGUACAUCGCACGGGAAGUCGCCCACAACUCUACCUCAUACGCCCACCGAGACAAGCUCCUCUUAUUCCAGUUCUACGAUAGAAGCUUUGGGGAGUAUCCUUCGGGCGAAGAGCCGUUUGGAUUACUGGAUGGGUUUGUAGAUUCGAUUACGGGGCACCUGGGCGAGGGGCAGUGGGGGAUGUAUGUGAAUUAUGCGGAUCCGAGGGUGGAGGAUGUUGCGGAGGAGGUGUAUUGGGGGAAGAAUGUGGAGAGGUUGAGGGAGGUUAAGAGGGCGGUUGACCCGGGGGAUUUGUUUUUCAAUCCUUUGGGUAUUAGAUCUGCAGCCUGA